AUGAGCAGCAGCGCAAGCGGCACCAGCGCGAACGCGAACGCACCGACGCUCGACAUCAACGAAUUCCUCGAUAUUGCUGAAUUCAACCGUGGCCUCGCCACAAUCUUCAACAUGGACCUCUUCAACACCCCAGUCAACGAGACUUCCGAUGAGAUCCACUAUAAUACCUUCGUUCUCGCCCGCAUCGUUGAUUAUAAAGUCUCUCAACAUGUCAAGGUCUCGAGCUGCUUGGAUCAUUCCAAGAAGACUUUGAGGAUUGGGAGGAAGACGACUUCAAGAAGGUCGAUCCAAGGGUCCAUCACGGCAUUCCUAGUAAAUCUGAAGAACCGUGACCGACUUCCUGAGUGGGAUGAAGACGAUCUUCCAACAACCCCAGCACCAACCCCAGCACCAACCCCAGCACCAGUCACUCCCGAUCUAAACCUCCCGCAAGACCCCAAUGACCAAUCCCUACCCCUGUCACGAUCGAAUCAACAGCAGCAGGAACUUAUGAUCAGACCAGCUAUCGACCGCGAAGCUUACCGGACCUUUUCUAAGCUAUGGGAUCGAAAGCUCAACUAUUCAGGUGACGCCUACGAUAUCCUAGAUGAUAAGAUCCGUUACUUUCUCGAUGCCUGCCUCACAGCUAGCAUCAAACCGUCACAAUUCCACGCUUUGUUCUCAAAUAUCCUCACGAAGAGAGCAAAGAACUUCUUCGUGCAUCAAGUCAGCCGCGAUUCAACGUUCGCGGAGAUGUAUCAGAAGAUGAAGCAGCACUUUGAUACGGAAGUCAAUAGGCAACAGUAUCACACUGACUGGACCUCGAUCAAUUUCACACAGCUUCGGAAGGAAUCUCCGAGAAGCCUCUCUGUGAAAUCCUCCAGGCUCUUCUUGACAAAUUGCAGCUAUGCCAGAGAGCUCUUGGGAAUAGCUAUGGCGGCGAAGACCAGCUAA